CAAGAUCGAAGCAAUUUGCAAGAGAAGAUUGUUAGGUGAGAUUUUUAUUUUUAUUUUUUAUUUUUUAUUUUUGCGGUUCAGUAGACUCCAACCCGAAGAAAAGACUCAAGAGGCAGAAUCCAAGCAGGUGACAAAACUGUGCUAAAGGCUCCGUCCGCUUAGCCACGUUACCUUGGCUUGGCAAUUCAGCCAUUCACCGGUCGACGAGCGCCGUCGGAUUGCACCUGACAGCACUGUACUUAAUGAAACUGUUCGGACUCCACCUGUAUCUUCCCUGCUCUUAUUUCUGUUGCGUCCGAUCCGAUCCGAUCCGAUCACCAAUACCCUAAUGAGAGAGAGAGAGAGAGAGAGAGUAUGAUUGAAAAUUAUCUAAUUUAGAUUCCUUCAGAGAAAUUUCUAGAAAGAUCAACCUCAAUUCGUGCGAGAGAAAAGAUAAUUGUAGACCGAGGGAUAGAGAGCGAUCGGAGGAUGCAGGGACGCAGUCCUCCGAAGCACAGGCACGAUGGCACUUCUCCGCUGCCUCUGGGGAUGGAUUGGAGUCCUCCUCCGAGAAAAUGGAAAGGGCGGGACACUGUGUGGCCACAUGAUCCCCGCACAGGAUGGAGUUACUGUGUCACUAUACCUUCCUGGGUUGUCCGUCCAAAAUCAAGAGAUUCAGAACCUGUAGUGUUCUACAGGGUUCAGGUUGGUGUACAAUCCCCAGAAGGGAAUACGACAACACGUGGCAUAUUAAGAAGGUUUAAUGAUUUUUUGAAGUUAUUUAGUGUGCUUAGAAAGGCAUUUCCCAAGAAGAACCUCCCACCAGCUCCUCCCAAGGGACUGUUGCGGCUGAAAACCCGGGCUCUGUUAGAAGAGCGAAGGUGCUCUUUGGAAGAGUGGUUGACAAAGUUGUUGUCUGACAUUGAUUUAUCAAGAAGUGUUGCAGUGGCAUCCUUUCUUGAACUAGAAGCUGCUGCCAGGUUUUCAUUCCAAGAUGUAAAUCAGCAAACUUCAGAAGCAAGCCCUGCUUCCAAUAGCACAGUUUCUUCAUUUGAAUUACCACCCCAUUCAAGCUCAGCUGUUGCUGGUAGCUCAUCAAUCACAACAGAUUAUGGCAGUGAUACAGCAUACGAGACAUCUGAGCUUGGAACCCCACGGCUAGGAAGGGAUGAUAAUUCUGAAAUUGGUUUUGAGGAUCUAUCGUUGGAUGAAGAUUCACUAGAAAAGCUAGUGAAAUAUGGCCUGUCCAAUAUAGACGAGGGACUGUUUAUUGGCCAGACUAUUCUUGAGCAGUUGGAAGGCCUUCCUAGGCAUAAAAUGAAUGACAGGCAUCUCAACAAUGUUAUAGAAAAGGAUAAGUAUAAUGGAAAUGCUUCUAAAGCUUCGUUUUUGGUUGGGAAUGGGACAGAACUUUUCUCCGGGCAAGAGCAUGGUAAGGUACUUGGUCAUGCUCGCAAGCUCUCAAAUGAGAGUUUUGGAAGUGAUGUAAGUUCUCUGAGAGGUAGUGAAAUGUCUAAUUCUGGAAUUCCAAACUCAUCUGGUGACGGAUCGUUUGACCUUCCUGGUGGUGCCGAGUGUUCCAGUACCACAGAGAUUCUUGGCAGUGCAGACUUUCAGUUUUCAGGCGAUGCUCAAUUAGUUCUUCCAUUGGAUCAGCGCCAUAAAUUGAACAGAGUUCUUUUCACAAUGCAGAGAAGAUUAGUCACUGCAAAAACAGACAUGGAGGACCUUAUAGCAAGAUUACAUCAAGAAAUGGCCUCAAAAGAUUAUCUUGCAACAAAGGUGAAGGAUUUGGAAGUUGAACUGGAAACUUCUAAACAGAAAAGUAAAGAAAACCUUCAGCAAGCACUCUUGAUUGAGAGGGAAAGAGUUACUCAAAUGCAGUGGGAUAUGGAGGAACUCCGGCGAAAGUCAAUGGAAAUGGAGUUGAAAUUGAAGCACGAACAGAAUGAAAAGUCACAUACAGAGUCGAGAAAAGAAUAUCCUGUUGAGGAGAAAGAUGUGCUGCUGCAGGAGUUGGAUGCUAGUAAAGAGCAGCAUGAAAAUUUGUUGAAGCGAUAUGAAGAGCUAGAAGCAAAAUCAAAAGCAGAUAUUAAAAUUCUUGUUAAAGAAGUCAAAUCUCUCCGAAAUUCCCAAACAGAAUUGAAGCGGGAACUUAGUCAAACACAGAAGGAAAAGUGUGAAGCUGAGAAACUCAUUCAACAGGAAAGACAAAUGAGAGAGCAUGCCAAAACUGCAAGGGAAAACCUGCUGCAUGAAUGCAAUAGUCUUAUCAGUCGGCUACAAAAGUGCAGCAUCAAUUUAAUCAAGGAGGAUGGACAUGACUUUGUUGAGGAUUCUUCAUCACUGGCAGACGCUUUACAUUUGUUAACAACAACCGAUGAUCAGAUUGGCCUCCUACUUGCAGAGGCGCAACACUUGACUGAAACAAAUGAAACCGCUGCUUCUGGUGUUGGUGAAAUUCAUGGCAUGAAUGAUGAGACAAGGACGAUGGAUGAUGAGUUAAGGAAGAUGCUAGCAGAUAUCUUCAUCGAUAACGCUAGAUUAAGAAAACAGGUGAAUUUUAUUAUACGCCGUGUUCUCAAAAUGGAUGACAUGUCUAAGCAAGAUGAGGCCCCUUCAGAAAAAAACGUAGUAAAUACAUCUGUAGAAACAUAAAAUGGGGGUGUACCAUUGUAAUUUUCUUUUUACCCUUUUGAGAAAUGUACUCUCUGUUUGGAUGCCA